CGUGCGUAUUUACGCUCAAAGUGUGUGUGCAUGUGUUGGGGGAGAGUUGGAGAGUCCACGGCGCGCUGACAAGAGAGCCUCGCUUGUCUGAGAGCCGGACCCGGCAGCGGAUGAUAAGCCUUCAGAGAGGAGGAAGAACCGUGUUAGAGGUCCUUCAUUUUACUUUUAUUUGACUACUUCUCCACGCGCUCUCCCGACUGGCGUUAACGCGCAGCUGAGAAGCUAAGCAAACAACAUUAAGAAGAAGGGUCUGAUUCAGUCCGAGCGACUCCAGAGUUUGAGCGUAUUUUUAGCAUCUCACUUUUCCCCUUCUCCCCGUCCCGGAGUGUGGAGUGGCAGCGGAGGGACGGGAGAACCAGGCGGACGGACCGUAAAGCUGUGCGCCUACUGGAUGCGGGACGAUGGAUUAACAGCCCCCCUCCCCCUGUCCACCUCGGGAUUAUUUCAGCUCUCACCGACCUCCCACUCGAGAUGCCCGGGGAAUAUGUUUUGCGAUGCAUCCUGAUGCUCUGCUGUGCGCUCCUCUCGGCCAACGCGAGUAACUGGCUGUACCUGGCCAAGCUGUCAUCAGUUGGAAGCAUCAGAGAUGAGGACACAUGCGAGAGGUUACAAGGCCUCAUCCAGAGACAGGUUCAGAUUUGUAAGCGUAGUGUGGAGGUGAUGGAUGCAGUGCGUCAUGGAGCCCAGCUGGCUAUAGAUGAGUGUCAGUUCCAGUUUCGCACUCGUCGAUGGAACUGCUCCACUUUGGAGACCAUGCCUGUGUUUGGCAAAGUGGUCACCCAGGGCACCCGUGAGGCAGCCUUUGUGUAUGCCAUCUCAGCAGCCAGUGUGGCGUUUGCGGUCACAAGGGCCUGCAGCAGCGGAGAGCUGGAAAAAUGCGGCUGUGACCACAAUGUACAUGGAGUCAGUCCAGAGGGGUUCCAAUGGUCGGGCUGCAGUGAUAACAUUGCAUAUGGGGUGGCCUUUUCUCAGUCCUUUGUGGACGUGAGAGAAAGGAGUAAAGGCCAGUCAUCCAGUCGGGCUCUCAUGAACCUGCACAACAACGAGGCUGGCCGGAAGGCCAUCCUAUCUCACAUGCGUGUGGAGUGCAAAUGUCACGGUGUGUCAGGCUCCUGUGAGGUAAAAACCUGCUGGAAAGCCAUGCCGCCCUUCCGCAAGGUUGGCAACAUCAUCAAGGAGAAGUUUGACGGUGCCACAGAGGUGGAGCAGCGCAAGGUGGGCACCACCAAAGUCCUAGUGCCUCGAAACUCCCAGUUUAAACCUCACACAGAAGAAGAUCUGGUCUACCUGGACCCCAGUCCAGAUUUCUGCGACUAUGACCCACGCUCCCCGGGUAUGCUGGGCACAGUAGGCCGCCAGUGUAACAGAACCUCAAAGGCCAUUGACGGCUGCGAGCUGAUGUGCUGUGGCCGUGGCUUCCAGACACAGGAGGUGGAGUUGGUGGACAGAUGCAGCUGUAAGUUCCACUGGUGCUGUUAUGUCAAAUGCAAACAGUGCCGCAAAAUGGUGGAGAUGCACACGUGCCGGUGAUGGGAGUGGAGGGCACACAGGGCACUGCUGAUGAACAAAACAAAUGCCCCACACUCCUGCUCAAUUACCAUGGGAGCAAGUUGGAUUUGUGAAUCUCCCUCUGCUCUUCUCUUGCAAAAAAACACCCCACCAUCCAACUACUGGUCAACGGAAAAAGAGAGUGGCUAAGAGGUCAAAUGUCAUCCUAUUCAUUUUAUGUCAUGGAUAUCAAUAGAUUAUGCAUGGAAUUUCCUACAGUGCUACAUAGUUUGUUUCUUCUCAAGUAGAGAGUUUCACUUUCUGUCUCCCUCCCUCAUGCUCAUAUUUGCUUUGUCAUCAAUCCUUUGUAUUUUUGUAAUGUUUAACUUAUUUGUUCAGACUGAGGAGAUUGAUGUGAGGUGGACCAAGGACUGGGCCCAUGGGUGGACAGAUGGGUGGGUGAGGUUAAGGGGUUGGGGUGGGGUCAAGAGGAGGGCUGUUUGCCCUCUGCCCUUGCUGCUGCUUUGGGGGCUUACUUGGAGUGCUGGAUAUGAUAAAGGGAGAUGCCGAGUCUGUCAGAGGACUGACUUGAACGACGAAGAGGAAGUUUCAAUGAUUUGCUUCAUGUGUGUACAUGUCUUUGUCGCGCUAGGUUGAGUUAAGUCAUUUCUUUUGCCCCCUGCAAUGCCCUGAUGCUGCUCCACUCACACACACUCACUCUUUCUGUCAGAGGGAGGAUGAUGAAGAACAGGUGAAAGCCACUGUCAGCUUCUUACAAUCUUUUUUGUGGGCCUGCAGCACUGGAACGUGAUGGGCAUGAGACACACAAAACACACACAUACUCAGCAAACAUUGAUCCAAAACAACACCUGUACUAAUCCACAACUGCUACCUGCAACAGGAAACUAGAAACCUUAUAUCAAAACAGUUUCCAAAUCAGGUUUUAAAUAAUUUGUUACCAUUUCAGAACAUCAUAUAGUGAAAAUCUUGUGUGCUCAUUUCGAUUGAUGUUUAUCUUAGCCUCCUUAUACGUGAAAUAACACGCAAAAAUCUGCAUUCACUAGUAAGCACACACAUACACAAAGGGGUCUGCCAGAGGGUUGCCAAUCAUGUUCACCAUGCAUGAUGACUGAAGCACUUUCUCUCCAAGCGCACAUAGAGCCCUCGCCCCACAGCAACAAACAUCUGACCACAUAUUAAAUUUUCCCAAUACUCGUUUUACACACACACACACACACACACACGCACACACACACACGCACACGCACACGCACACGCACACACACACACACCACAGACAGACAGUUUCCCAUGCCACUGUCAGGACUCUAUUGUUGUCUUGUGCCACCACCAUAAAGCCAAGCUUUUCCUAUAAUAACGUGCUGUCAUUAUAGAGACAAACUGUAGACCUGUAAAGACUUAUACACUGAAGAAGACUAUACUGCCUAUGA